AUGAUAUUUAAAAGUGUUAGGAAUUUAUCUAAUAAAGUGUGCGAUGUUUUAGUAUCCUUUGGUGUGCGUCAAAAUAAAACUACAUUUAUAUCACAUCCAGGUGUUAUGGUAGUAUCUCAAUUAUUAGAAAUGAAAUUAAUAACUAGACCAAGAGCAACAUUAACUCAAGAAAAUGUUAAUGCUAUGGUUGAAUUUGAUUAUGAGCUUGCGAAAAAAGCUCAAAUAGCUGUUGAUAAUAAUUUGCCAGUGAAUUUUUUUGAUUUGGAAUAUAUAGAUAGACCAGAAUAUUUGAAAUUGUUACUUGAAGAAAAAGAAAUUUUAGAAAAGGCACGAGAAGAAGUUUUGAAAAUGGAAAAAGGAAAUUAUAAAAUACCAGAUAUACUAAAAAAUUACAAAAGAGUGGAAAUACCAAGAGAAUGGAGAAAAGAAUUAGAAAUCGAUGAAAAAAUAUUAAAAGAACAACCAGGAUUAAAGGAAAAUAUUGAAUUACAAACUAUUAUGAAUAACUAUAUUAGAAAUAAAUUUAAUAAAAACAAAGAUCAAAAUUCAAAAAAGGAGAUAAAAAAUUAA